AUGUCAUACUUAUCCCCACCUGACCCCAUCCCUGCCUCCAAGGAGGCAGACAGCUGGGAAAUCAUUGAGGGGCUGAAAAUCGGUCAGAGCAACGUCCAGAGGCCAGAUAAACACGAGGGCUUCAUGCUGAAGAAGCGAAAAUGGCCACUGAAAGGCUGGCACAAGCGUUUUUUUGUCCUGGACAAUGGGAUGCUGAAGUACUCCAAGUCACCAAUUGAUAUUCAGAAAGGCAAGCUGCAUGGCUGCAUUGAUGUGGGUCUCUCUGUCAUGUCCAUCAAGAAGAGAGCCCGCCGCAUUGACUUGGACACAGAGGAGUAUCUCUACCACCUCAAGAUCAAGUCUCCAGACAUCUUUGACUGCUGGGUGGUCAAGCUACGCCACCACCGUCUCUACCGGCAGAAUGAGAUCGUCCGCUCCCCCCGAGACGCCACCAUAAGGACGUUUCCUCCCCCUGCCAGCACAGAGUCCCCCAUCCUUCACCCCCACCCAGCCCCCUCCCCCGCUGCAGGACAACAUGAAGUAAAGUCCCCCCCAGCCCCCAGUAGCAGCACCAGUCUUCCACCAUGGCAGUCCCCCCAGGCCCCCAGUACCAGGAGCAGCCUGCCUGCCUCCUACAGUAACGGGCAGAGCAAGGUGGCCGCAUGGCUCCAGGAGUCAGAGGAGAUGGACAAGUGUACAGAGGAGCUCGCCCGCUGCCAGUCCAGCCUGAUUGAGCUGAGCAAGUUACUGCAGAGCCUGGAGGGCCUACAGAGGACCCAGUCAGCGCCCAAUUUCACUGACAUGCAGGUCCCCUCUCUCCCUGUGAGUGCCAGUAUGUCGCCCACGCGCCUCCACUCCUCCAACCCCAACCUGUGCGCUGAGCAGGUGGACUUCCAGACCCCUGUCUCUCGCCAGAUUCCUGACAACAUGGAGUGUGGCGGUGACUACAUCAAACUACAGGAGGACUUCUGCCUCAUCGCUCAGAAAGUCCACUCCAUGUUGAAGUCUGCGUUCACCACGGUGGCCAUGGAGAAGGAGAAGAUCAAAUCUGUUCUCUCAGACCAGGAGCAGUCAGAACGGUCUGCCCAGGUCAUCACCCUCAGGAAGUCUCUGUCACAGGCCCUGUCCCAAAACGCUGAGCUUAAAACCCGACUGGGCCGCAUCCACUCUGAGUCGGUCCUGUCUGAACAAACAAUCAGUGUGAACCUCAUCACCAGUCCUGAUGAGGGGGGAGAGCAGAGGGGAAUCCCUCUGACUCAACAGACGUCCAAUGAGAGCAGGCUGUCUAUGUCAGAGUCUGUGUCGGAGUUCUUCGACGCCCAGGAAGUGCUGCUGUCGGCCAGCUCGUCAGAGAACGAGGCCUCAGACGAUGAAUCAUACGUCAGCGACGUGAGCGAUAACAUUUCAGAAGACAAUGCCAGCGUGACUGAUAACGUCUCCAGACAAAUGCCGAACGGAGACCUGGCUGGAAGUGCCUUCCGUAACGGGCGACGCCCGUGUCUCCCCGCCCCCUCGCCAGACUGCAGCAACAUCAACCUGUGGAACAUCCUGAGGAACAACAUAGGAAAGGACCUGUCCAAGGUGUCCAUGCCUGUGGAGCUCAACGAGCCCCUCAACACCCUGCAGCACAUGUGUGAAGAGCUGGAGUACACUGAGCUACUAGACAGGGCUGCCGAUACGGAGGACCCCUAUGAACGCAUGGCCAUUAUGGCAGCGUUCGUCAUCUCAGGGUACUCCUCCACGUACUACAGAGCGGGAAGCAAGCCAUUCAACCCUUUACUGGGAGAGACGUAUGAAUGUAUCCGUGAGGACAAGGGCAUGUGUUUUAUCGCUGAGCAGGUGAGCCACCAUCCACCCAUAUCAGCUUGUCAUGCUGAUUCCAACAAGUUCACCUUCUUGCAAGACGUCAGAUGGAAAAACAAAUUCUGGGGGAAAUCAAUGGAAAUCCUCCCGAUUGGCACCGUUAAUGUUAUCCUUCCAAGCUUUGGUGACCACUAUGAAUGGAACAAAGUCACCACCUGCGUACACAACAUCCUAAGCGGGAGAAGGUGGAUCGAACACUACGGGGAGAUCACCAUUAGGAACACCAAAAGCAGUGCCUGUAUCUGCAAACUUACCUUCGUCAAGGGAAAUUACUGGAGUUCUAAUGUGAAUGAGGUUCAAGGGUUUGUGAUGGACCAAGAGGGGAAGGUAGUGCGUCGCCUGUUCGGAAAAUGGCACGAGGGCCUUUACUGUGGAGUCCCGCCUUCUGCCAGAUGCAUCUGGAGGCCAGGGUCCAUGCCCACAGACUACGAGCUGUAUUAUGGCUUUACCAGGUUUGCCAUUGAGCUCAAUGAGCUUUGCCCUGAGAUGCAAGACCUGCUACCACCCACAGAUGCCCGCUUCAGACCCGAUCAAAGACACCUGGAGGAGGGGAAUGUGGAAAUGGCAGCCUCAGAAAAGCAGCGUAUUGAGGACAUGCAGCGCACCAGGAGGAAGUGGCAAGACGAGAACGACAUUAAGCAUGAACCACGCUUCUUCAAGAAAGUGGUUGAUGCCAAUCAAAGGGAGCGCUGGGUCACUAACAACACCUACUGGGAGCUUCGCAAAUCCCCCGGCUUCAUCAACAUGGAAAACCCUGACCUAUGGUAGCAUAUGGAUCGCUAUGCACACCAUAUCAUCAUCGCUGACAAAGGCUUUUAUCUAUGCACAAUGAGGUUUUCAAAUGAAUAUCUCAUUGACAAAAUGACAGUGUGGAAGGAUACAAGAGCUGAGAUGAGUUGAUGACUUACCGUCGCCCUAUUCAGCCGGCCAGUCACCCAUCCAACCAUCCUCUUGGAUCCCCCUCAUUGAGCUUGGUGCGGAGGCUGGGUUGUCAGGGCAACAAUCUUACCACGUAGAUCUAUCCUAAGUCGUUUUGUGUUUGUCCUUGCCUUAAAGUCACCUAUCCACACCACACAUUUUAAAGCUUUUAGUGAAACCCACUUGCGGUUUGAUUUAGACUGGUGUUUGUUCUGAAAGCGGUUUGAUUUAGACUGGUGCUUGUUCUAAAAGCGGUUUGAUUUAGACUAGUGUUUUGUUCUGAAAGCGGUUUGAUUUAGACUGGUGUUUGUUCUGAAAGCGGUUUGAUUUAGACUAGUGUUUUGUUCUGAAAGCGGUUUGAUUUAGACUAGUGUUUUGUUCUGAAAGCGGUUUGAUUUAGACUAGUGUUUGUUCUGAAAGCGGUUUGAUUUAGACUAGUGUUUUGUUCUGAAAGCGGUUUGAUUUAGACUAGUGUUUUGUUCUGAAAGCGGUUUGAUUUAGACUAGUGUUUUGCUCUGAAAGCGGUUUGAUUUAGACUAGUGUUUUGUUCUGAAAGCGGUUUGAUUUAGACUAGUGUUUUGUUCUGAAAGCGGUUUGAUUUAGACUAGUGUUUUGUUCUGAAAGCGGUUGGAUUUAGACUAGUGUUUGUUCUGAAAGCGGUUUGAUUUAGACUAGUGUUUUGUUCUGAAAGCGGUUUGAUUUAGACUAGUGUUUUGUUCUGAAAGCGGUUUGAUUUAGACUAGUGUUUUGUUCUGAAAGCGGUUUGAUUUAGACUAGUGUUUGUUCUGAAAGCGGUUUGAUUUAGACUAGUGUUUUGUUCUGAAAGCGGUUUGAUUUAGACUAGUGUUUUGUUCUGAAAGCGGUUGGAUUUAGACUAGUGUUUUGUUCUGAAAGCGGUUGGAUUUAGACUAGUGUUUGUUCUGAAAGCGGUUUGAUUUAGACUAGUGUUUUGCUCUGAAAGCGGUUUGAUUUAGACUAGUGUUUUGUUCUGAAAGCGGUUUGAUUUAGACUAGUGUUUUGUUCUGAAAGCGGUUUGAUUUAGACUAGUGUUUUGUUCUAAAAGCGGUUUGAUUUAGACUAGUGUUUUGUUCUGAAAGCGGUUUGAUUUAGACUAGUGUUUGUUCUGAAAGCGGUUUGAUUUAGACUAGUGUUUUGUUCUGAAAGUGGUUUGAUUUAGACUAGUGUUUUGUUCUGAAAGCGGUUUGAUUUAGACUAGUGUUUUGUUCUGAAAGCGGUUUGAUUUAGACUAGUGUUUUGUUCUGAAAGCGGUUUGAUUUAGACUAGUGUUUUGUUCUGAAAGCGGUUUAAUUUAGACUAGUGUUUGUUCUGAAAGCGGUUUGAUUUAGACUAGUGUUUGUUCUGAAAGCAACCGCUUUAGACUAGUGUUUGGAUUAGGCCUUUGACUACCUACUAAUGUAUGUGUCAUGCAUGUUUAGAGUGCAGCUUUCAUUGGCAUAUCCUAUAUAGACUAACAUUAUUUGUUUUAAAAACAAAAAGAAAAUAAAGAAGUCUGAAGUUUUUGUAAAAUAUCUUCAACAUCAUAGAAUUGAGCGAAAAUGUAACUAAUAUACAAUAUUGGAAGAUUGCUCUUAUUUCUUUCUGAAUUAGCCAUUUGCAUUAGUUCAGUCUGUAUCAUAGCUGUAUUCUCUAUUGGGUCACACAUUUUUCGUGAAAGUUAAAGAGAUUCUCUGGUAGUUUUGUAUAGUUUUUAGCCAGUCGUUCUGAAAGUAGCACUCACGAGCCAAAAAAGUGGAAAAUUGCAUACUACAUCACAUAUGUGCAGAUUUGUGCACCACCUCAUUGCUCUGUCUCUCUCUCUGCUGUGUGUGCAUGAUGUGCCUCUUGUUAGCUGUCACUCAAAUGGUUGAAGCUCAUUGGUUGAACUCGAAUUUCUAGGGGGCUGGACCAUGUGGGGGAAAAUGUAGGGGAAAUGGUGCAGCUCAGCUUCCAGAAAAACAGUCACUUUCAAACUAGGGAUUUUGUGUCUAAUUGAGGUAAAACCGUAAUUCUGCUCAUAGAUUAUGCAUGUAUGAACUAUACAUUAGCCCCGUUUAUACCUGCCACUUACAUGCGUCCUUCGUCCUGAUCUGGUCCUGAUCUUGCCAGUAUGCAAUUGUAAGAUCUGAUCAAACUCAGUUCACAAUGCGUCUUUUAUUGAUCUACACCUGUCUAUAAAUGUGGCACAAUCAGAAUGAGGACAAGAGCAGGACAAAGGGCGCAUGUUAUUAACAGGUAUAAACGUGGCUAUUGACACAUCCAGCCCAAAGCGAGAGGUUUAAAAAAAUAUAUACUUAUUAGUCGCCAAAGUUCCGGAACAUGUCUUUAAUUUGUUUUAAUCACUGGUUUUGGUGAAGGACAUUGCUGUAUGCCGAGACGUUUUCUCAGCAACUCCCAAAGACAAAACCCCUUGAGUUGAGACGUUUAGUUCCAGUUUGGCUAGUUGAGGGAGACUGGCCCAACAGCUGAUACAUAAGCACUGGGAAGCGACUUCCUUUUCGAGCCUUCAUGCAGCACACCACUUUCGUCACUCAUCACAACUGUUUAAGCUACAGACAAUACUUCCUUGUAAUUAACUUUGACAUGUAUAGACAAUACUGCUUUCUGUUAUUCAGCUCACACGAAAAUUAUUUUUGAUCGUUUAAGAAAGAGAAAAAAAAGUAUUAAUAUAAUUUGAAUGUUCUUUCAUUUCCUGUAAUACAAUUGAUCCGUGUUGUUGUCUGAGUGUUAUAGUGAGAAUCCUAGCCUGCAGUAGAACUAUAACGACAUGCCAACACCCAAGACAUCUGAUAUGGUGAUAUGACUAGAUACCCCCACUUAUACAACUACACAACACUGACUACCUCCACUUAUUCAACUACACCAGAUUGACUAGUUAUCCCAAUUUACACAACUACACCAGACUGACUGACUGGAUACCCCCAUUUAUACAACUACAGUACACCAGACAUACUGACUAGAUACCCCCACUUAUACAACUACAGUACACCAGACUGACUGACUAGAUACCCCCACAUACAAGUGUAUUGUGAAACACUAGGGAAACCUAUUUGUCAGUUCUUUGAUAAUACAUAACAGAUUCACAUAGACAUAUUAAUUUCUGUUAUGUAAAGAGGCCAAGGGCCAAAGUUAUUUUACAACGUUCAGAACUUUCUUGCUUUUGCAAAUCCUUUAACGUGACAAAAUGUUGAUGUUAAAGCCAAAGACAAGUGUUUUUUAAUUAUAGAAAAAUAUAAAUUCAUUCUAGUUAUGGUGUUUUUAUUAUGUAGUUACCACACAGAGAAAAAGCUAUUAUGAUAUUUGAUUAUCCUUUAAACAAGUGUCCAGUUCCUAGAAUUUACUGCUAUGAUGCUGUCCUUAACCAUUCACCAAUACAAUUUUAAAAGGGUUUAGAUUAUUACUGCCAAACAGCUUUAAUGUAUAGUUGAUGUCCCCCUUCCCUUUGGCACUACUGUGUGUAGCAGUCCAUACACAAAGUGUGUUAGAUUACCACAGAAUCUGUAACAAUACAUUGUACAUUUGGAUUAUAUUGAUUUGUUCAUUGUUUUGUCUUAGUGAAGCCGUAAAUUGAAACAAGGAAAGUGGUUCUACGUUAGAAAUAUUUAGAAUGGAAACAUUCAACUAUAAAGUCAAACCAUUCUUUUGUGUGUAAUGUCCAGUACUGCAGAUUAGACAGAAAAACGAUAGAUAUGACUACAAUAUCAUAUUGUAGUCAUGUAUUCAGAAAUCGAUUUGUUUGUCAGCGUCAAUUCCACUUGCUGUGCCUUAAUACAUUUGAUUAACGCCACGCACACAAUAUUGAUAAGAAACCCCAUACAAGUCAGAUAAGGAAACCAUUUCAAAUCCAAUCAACCACUUUCCCCACUGAGUACUGUUCCCCACAUUGUAUUAUGUACUAAAUAAUGUUGGGGAAUAGAAGUGUUCUGAAUGUGUCUGAAAUCUUGUUACGAUGUAGGCGGGGACAAUGACAUUUCCCAUAAAUCGUCUAGAAAUUCAAAUUUUCUGUGCAGUCAACCCCUCAUUUGUGAUCACUGUUAUUGUCAGUAUCAUACUGUCAGCCCAGUACACUACAUGUAAACAGCAGAAUAUUCCUGUCUCCUCUUUUGGAUUGGACUGAUGCAAAGACCUUACUAUCAAACUUCAACAUAAUACUUAGUUCAUCAGGAUAUUUGAGGAGGAUCAUGUACUCUGUGAUGUUCCAGAUGAAUACAUUGUUUUCAGAGAGAGAGAGAGAGACCUUGUAGAAAAUAACUAAGACUUGUUUCAUCACAGUAGAACAAUGAAACUUCCUGAGUAGUUAAUGGGUUACAAUGUGUAUGUAUCUGCAUGUUUAAAUGACAUAGCCUGCCAAUGAAUGUUGCAAAUGCCUUAUGAAAGAUUUUAUUUCCUCUAUUGGACUUUUUCUUUUGAGUUUCGAACUGACAUGUAAACAUUACACACUGUUUCAGCGGAGUUCUUUAAAUCCAUUUUCUAAUGGGUACCUUCUAAAGUGCAAUUGUCUAAGUACAUAUCUUUCCAUGACCACUGUACGCUGCUGCUAUCAUAGUGCUUGUUCUAAUACAAAAUAAAUAAAACCGAGGAGUCUGUCUCACA